AUGUAUGCUAACAGAACGUUCGUUCAACAGAUCGUUGAGCAAAUUGUAUCUGCUACCAACGAGCCCAAGAGAAUUGGUCAUGUUGAAAGAAUUAAUUGCCGGAGCUUGUUGCUGUUGUUGUUGCUGUUGUUGCUGUUGCAGAGUCAGUUGUCUGGCAAACCAGUUUCUUUGGGCUGCACGAGCUCCCCAGCUGACUCUAACUUUGCAACCGCCGCCAAUGUCGUAUCCCUGCAUCUCGCUGAUGGCCAUUUCAGCACUGGCACGAUGGUAGAAUUGAACAAAGCCGCAGUUCUUUCCUGGCGGAAUCUUGACAUAAGUGAUGUCUCCGUAUCUGGAGAACAGCUCUCUAAGUUGGAACUCGGAGAUCGGGACAUUCAAACCGCCAAUGAAGACAGUGGUGUUGUUCGGGUCGUUGUAGUACUGAAUAGGGGCCGAUUGCGGCAAGGAUGGAGCGUUCAGCUUUUGCUGACCAGAAAGGUCCUGGGACUGGUUUUGAGAGUUGAAAAAGCUCGUAUUAUUGUUGGACGAGUCUGGCUGAGACUUGGAUGCGGUGGAAACUCUGAUUGGUCUUCCCAGAAGAACGUAACCUUGCAUUUCAAUUAG